ACCACCAGCCCGCUGAGGACAAACUUGCAAGAAGCCGAGCAGAAAGAAGAGUGCAGCUGCUCGGCGGGCUGUUGUGACGCUCCACGGGAAGCAGAGCUUGUUGCCGAUCACAAUGAUCGCCACAACUCAACAGAACAUGACCACGGAGCUGGACCUGGGGAGCACAGACGGUCCCCCGCGGAACUGGAAGGGCAUCGGGAUCGCCAUGGUGGUGAUCCUGGCGGUCAUGUCCCUGGUUAUCCUCUCCGUCUUCCUCCUCACGCCUGAUGAGUCCCACUUGUUGCUCCACUCCUAUGUGACCAUGGAGGAUCUGGAGAGCGAGGACUUCAAAAUUCACGAUCCUUGCGUGACUUGGUUAGACGAGAAUGAAGUGGCCCUGCGCACCAGAGAGGGACAUGUCCUGACAUUCAGCCUCAACAACAACAUGACCCUAACUCUGCUGGACAACAGCUCACUGGACCUGAUCUCGACUAAAUUCCAAGUGUCUGCAGACAAGAGGUUUGUCCUCUUGGCGUAUAACAUUCGACCGGUGUUUUCUCAGUCCUUCACAGCCUCCUAUGCCAUCUACACUGUGGCUAAUGGGGAUCUGCUGGAGCUUCACCCUCCUGAAGGGGAAAAGACAGAACUGCAGUAUGCUUCCUGGGGUCCUCAGGGGAACCAGCUGGCGUACGUGUUUGAUGGAGAUAUCUACUACAAGCCCAGUGUGACGAACAAAGCCCUGCGCCUCACCUCCACCAACCAGGAACAGAACGUGGUGAACGGACUGUCCGACUGGAUUUAUGAAGAGGAGGUGCUUUUGACAUACGCUGCUCACUGGUGGUCUCUGGACGGUGCCAGGCUUGCAUACCUCCGCAUUAACAACUCUGCWACACCUGUGAUGGAGUUACCUCACUUCCUAGGUGGCAUCUAUCCCUCCAAUGUGGUCUUCCCCUACCCGAAGGCUGGCUCUGGUAUCCCAUCAGUCAGUCUGUUUGUGGUGAAUCUGUAUGGUCCAGCUCACACUCUGGAGAUGCUGCCUCCCGACUCCCUCAGAGCCAGCAGAGAAAGUUACAUCUCCAUGGUGAYCUGGAUCAGCAGCACCAGACUGGCGGUGCGCUGGCUCAACAGGGCCCAGAACCAAUCAGUGCUCUGCGUGUGCGAAGCCACCACGGGGGCUUGUUCUGAGAAGCACAAAAUGAUCAUGGACAUCAUGCAGAACCAGCGACAGGUUGUGCCCUUGUUCACCUCGGACGGCUCAGUGUUUUACACCAUACUGCCUGCAAAACAAGGAGCUCGAGGAGAGUUUCACCACAUUGCUGGUCUUUCAGCUCAGCCUGCCAUCCCUUCCAUCCCUCCUCGCUUCUUGACAUCGGGGAGCUGGGAUGUCACCUCGCUGUGCGCCUUAGACGAGAAGGCUGGGAAAAUCUAUUUUCUGAGCACAGAAGACUCGAGACAGAGCCGACACUUGUACAGUGUGGACCUGAAAGGAGUGUUUCAGCGCCAGUGCAUCUCAUGUAACCUCAUUGAUGGAUGUGGUUUCUUUAAAGCUGCUUUCAGCCCCAAUCAAACUCACUUCACCCUCUACUGUUUGGGCCCGGGGAUCCCUAAAGUGACGGUUCACAAUACAAAGGACCCCUCCAGAUAUGUCAUCUUGGAGGAUAACAGCCCUCUGUCUAAAGCACUUGAUGAAAAGAAGCUCCCUGAGACUCUGUUCAGGAUGGUCCAAGCAGACAACUAUGAUCUGCACCUGAAGCUGUCUCUACCUCAGGGCUACGAGGCCAACCUACUCCCUCUCCUCAUCAUGGUGGACAGCACUCCCGGGAGUCAGUCUGUGACGGAGGAAUUCGCCCUGGACUGGCCUCAGGUCCUCUGCAGUACGCACAAUGUGGCCUUGGCUUGGGUGGACGGCAGGAGCGGGGUCGGGCGUGGACAGAAAACUGUUGCUGUUGACCCAMGGAAGCUGGGCUCACUUCGAGUCAAAGAUUAUCUCAAAGUUGUAGAGUUGUUGAUGCGGCUGCCUUACAUCGAUGAUCGACGGAUAGCUCUCUAUGGAAAGGCAUUUGGUGGUUACUUGUCUCUCAAAAUGUUGGCUGCGACAAAUAAGCUCUUUCAAUGUGCGACUGCUGUGGCACCGAUAAUUGAUUUCAGGCUUUAUAGCGCUGCCUUUUCAGAAAGGUAUCUUGGCCUUCCAGCCAAGGAGGAGCAUGCUUACUCCACUGCCUCUGUCCUUGAAGAAGUGAAUAAGCUAAAAGAUGAGAACUUCCUCAUUGUACACGGGACUGCGGACGCCAGGGUCCACUUCCAGCACAGCGCAGAGCUCCUGAGCCGACUGGUGAAGGCGGAGGCCAACUACUCGCUGCAGCUGUACCCGGACGCGGGCCACGACCUCAGAGACCCCCACAGCAUCCAACACUUCCAGCGGACUGUGGCGAACUACCUCCAGACCUGCCUGAAGCACAGCGUCCUCCYAGAGCUCCCAGAAGACGAGGAGGAGGAAGACGACUGAGCCUCCUUUCUCUUCUCAUGAAAGGACUCUCAGAGAGGAYCUGUGUCACGCAUCACCUUGGGUCAGGCUAUCAGGCACAAGAGCAGAGGAGAGUGGGGACCAAAACCAUGACAUCACCUCCUGYAACUUCUGGGGGAAAUGGAUGUGCUGCUGUAUAAAGUGUCGCGCACAAUUAUUUAUGCUGUUUUGUUGUAUGUCAGAGGCCUAGUUCGUUUACAAAAUUCACCUCGGAAGACGUGGACUGGACAGCCACUGGUUCGGCAAAAAGGUUUACAAAGAUUUGAGAACAUGCAUGUCGUCAUGGCUGCAUGAUGCUUGCAUUUUGAGCAUUUUCCAGGUUUUGAGUUUCACCCACAAACAAGGGCGUUCUCUGCCAACAGCCGGGAACACUGCUUGCAGACUUUGAAAAUAUUUAUUGAUUCUGUUGAAUGAAAAACGCWCAUCAACACGUGUACUGACUGCAAUAAUGCCUGAGGUUUUCCAAACAGAUUKUUAAAUAAACCAGCCACACGUGAGCCCCUUCAGAAUGAGGUCAGAUUUACAUUAAAUGUUUGGCACAGCUCUGAGGCAUAAAGUGUUAAUUUCACACUUAAAGGUUACUGUUUCUAUUUGUCAGGGGGUCUCCUCAUUCCUGCAUGAAGUCUGUACAAAAAAAAAUAAGGUAUUUUAAUAUUUUCCCAAAUUGUUCCUGGCUUCCAAAAACUUGAAUGAAAUAUAAAGCCCAUUCUAAACGUGCCAAAUACUGUACAUUUAGUGGAUUUUAUCCACUGGGUUUGUUUGCAGUGUAUAAUUAUUAACAAUGAAUAUGCAACUGGGAUGCAACAGAAACUAUUUAUACCACUCUCCAAUUCACAAGUGAUUGCAAGAACUUGUAGGUGUYCUGUGUACUGUAUUUGGAAGUAAUAUUUGUUUUGAUACAUUGUGACAUUUUAAGCAUUUAUUGUGUAAUGUAGGAUUAAAUCAUUUCUUUGGA